AUGGCUGCCCCUAACCCCAAGGUCUCUACAACUGCUGCAUCAGCCUCUGCUGCCGCUGGUAUCCCAGCUGUCACCAUUGGAUCGACUGUCCCAAAGGCAACGCCACAUGUCGAGAAGCCCCAGCAAUUUAAUGGAGAAGACUUUAAGAGAUGGCAGCAAAAGAUGGUCUUCUAUUUGACCACCUUGAAUCUGGCCCAUAUCCUUAAGGAAGAUUGUCCAGUCACUCCUGAGGGAGAAGAGUCGGUGGAAACACAGGCCGCCAAGAAGGCAUGGCAACACUCGGAUUUCCUCUGUCGGAACUACAUACUGAGUGGGCUGGUUGAUUCUCUUUAUAACGUCUACUGCACGGCGUACCCAACGUCCAAGCAGCUUUGGGAGGCAUUGGACAAGAAGUACAAGCUAGAAGACGCGGGCACUAAGAAAUUUCUGGUCGAGAAAUUUCUCAACUAUAAGAUGGUCGACACCAAGAUAGUGGUUAGCCAGUUGGAAGAGCUACAAGUACUUUUAAGUGACUUGUUGGGUGAAGGAUUGGUUAUAAAUGAACCAUUCCAAGUUGCUGUUGUAAUCGAGAAGCUACCACCCUCGUGGAAAGACUUCAAGAAUUACCUCAAACACAAGUGGAAAGAGUUGUCCAUGGAAAAUCUGGCAGUCAGACUUCGCAUUGAAGAGGACAAUCGGAAGGGAGAUAAAGUCUCUCUCAGGAUGGAAGCUAAAGCUAAUGUUGUUGAAGCCUCAAAGCCUCAAACCAAGAAAUAG